AUGCCACCAAAGAGGCGAGUCCGUGGUCCCCCGCUUCCAGCACUUCCAGAAUCCCCAGAUCGUCAAGAAGACCCAAUCGAUGAGGUGGAUCCAAUGGAAUCGCCAGAUCGAGACGACGAUCGAGAUAAUCAGAGACAUCGAAAUAUGCCAGACUAUAUGGAUGACGACUUUGAUAACGAUGAAGAGGAGACAUCAGACGGCGAGGAUGUCCAACUUAUUGAACAGGAGCAUGAUACGAAUGUUUAUGAUGAUCGAACCAUUCAGGGAUUGGAAAUUCGAAUGAGAUACACUAAAGUUACGCCAGAUAUGACUGGAGAUCAGAAGAUGUUGGUUCAGACUGGCAGAUUGGUUAAAAAAGGAGUCAUCGAUUCGGUUCGUCAGGCGUUUCAGGCUCGAGACAAUAUCGGGGAAGAGCUGAUUAUCGCAUCUCAAAAGAUGAUUGUCGCUUUUAAAAGGAUUUUUUCGAUGAAAAUUGCCAAAAAUCGAGAAAAUUAUCCCCAAAAUGCACACCUUUCUCUCUUACAGGCCAACAACACGCGUCACAAGAAAUGGAAUCUGGUCAAGGAGUUCUUCAUGGAGCUCGACGCUCGUCUAGUGAUGAUGUUCGAGGAGGUUACUGUAGCCGAAAACCGUGCGAGAGUCUACAAAAUGGUUGCGAUGGUGGCGAUUGAGCUGCUGGUUCUGGGCUACAAUCAAGAGUUCUUCCACUUUGUAUUGGGAUUGGUGGAGAGUGUGAGUGACAAGAUUUUUGUGAUUUUUGAAUGGUCCGAAAGCGAGAGUGUCGCGUCACGAAUCAACGCCUCGUGCUGCGUCAGCUACAUAUUCGAGACUGGAAAAACGCACAAUCGCCAACUGACGGGCGAGAACUUCUCGGGAUUCCCACUCGAAGGAGCCUAUCGUCUGUUUGCGGUCCUGAAGAGGGCGUUGUUGGAUAAGGAGGCGAGCGCCAGAAUCCCAGCGAUCAAAGGAAUGGGAGUGAUCCAGAAUUGUGCCAUUCCAUCGGCAUGGCCAGUUGAGGGACGGGAGUCCAGUGCCAGGGAGUACCAUUUUUUCAUGCAUUUUGGGUCAUUUUCCAUUAUCUUUGGUCUAUUUUUCAUGGAUUUUGAACCAUUUUUGGGCAUUUUUAUUUCAAACUUUUCAGUGCUGACCCGCUCUUGCCGUGACAUGUCUUGGGAGUGCCGCCUGGUCGCUAUACAAUCCUUCAUGCCACGUGACGAAGACCUUCAGCUUGUCUCCGACAUCGCCUACUACGACAAAUCGACAAUCGUCCGAGUAGCUGCACUCGAGCAGUUGGGCAAAAUGAGACCACAUCGGGAUUGUAGGGAGAAGGUCGUGCUCGUCGACAUGUGUUUCAAGGAUCAUGAACCGGCCGUUCGAGAUGCCGCAAAGAUGGUGCUCCGUGAGUGGGUGGCUCGUCUUGCCCGCCGAUACGUCAACAAGGCCAAACAACAAGAUGUGGUCCCGAUGCGCGGUCCAGACGAUGAGGAAGCCAUCCCACCGCCAACAGGAAAAGGAUAUAUUCUUGCUGGACAGGGACUCUGCCUUCUAUGGCUUGUUCAUAUGGUGGAUAGUAUGGAGAGUCACCUAAAUCUUCGCAGAAUGAUGACCCAUUUGUUGGAUGUUAUUCGUCAUAUGUACCUGUGUCAUGCGGAGCCAAUUAGCACGUUUGCUGAGCAAAUCGUUGUGGAUCUGAAGGAGACCCAACCGAAUUGUCCGGUUCCGUUGGUGACGAAAUCGACGAUUGAUACGUUGUUGGUUGAUAAUCCGUUGAACGCUGAUAACCAAGACACCAACACGACCCGCGCGAUGGUGAUGUUCUGGCGCUGUCUCGUCGAGUACAUGUCCGAUCGAGCCAGAAACGAAGGAGACAAAUUCCACGCGAUGAGUCGUUUCACCCACCCGUUGGGUACCAUGUGCGAGAGUUUGGAGACGUUUUUGAAUCGAGUCAAAGAGGAGGAGGUCCCACCGUCUGGCGGAGGAUAUCAUGAAGGAUUUGAAGACGACGUCUAUGUAGUGCAAAUGUCGAUUAUGGAGAAUUACCUCCCGGUGUUGAAGUACUGUCAACAGGAUCAGUCUGGUCUCGACGCCUACAAGCAGUUGCUCAUCUCAAUGUUGAUGAAUCCGUUUUAUCAGAAGAAGGUGAUGGAUAUCAUCGUCCAGGAGCUGGGGCAAUUCUAUAAAGACGAUCCGCAUGAGUUGUUUUCACUGAUUUGCGCGCGGACCAGUGAGAUGAGAGACAAAUACGAUGGUUAUCAUUUUCCGGUGCUCGAGGGAACGGUUUUGAUUGGAGAGCAGAAGUUUAGGAGGGAUUGGAGAAAUGAGAUUGCCGCCGGGGGGACGCCGAAGAAGAAGGAGAAGGAUCUCGUCAACCGUCACAUCGAUCAAUACGAGAUAAAAGUGCUCAAUUGCUGUCUGAAGUUGGCACUGCUGAAAGAAUGGAUUCCAGAAUAUGAUGAUCGGUAUCGGGAGAAGCUCCGCGCCCAAACCAAAGCCAAAGACGACUCCACCAAAAUCUGCGCAAUCGAGUGUCUCGGAAUCAUUGGCUGCUACGAUUUCGACCUUGUCGCCGACGAUUUCCGUGAAAUGGCUGACUUCCACUUCCAAAAACUGGCUCGCCACGAUCCGGUGACCCCAGAAGAGCACAUGGUUCAAGCAUCGGUGGUCCUCGCACUGGCCGAUAUGUUCGUUGAGAAUCCCGAUAAAUACACGGAUAAACUGUACGAGCCGCCGUUGGAGCACUGGAAGAACGCGGAGAACACACCGACGUUCUUCGCUGAUAUCAUCUGUUCGGAUCAACAUAAAUCCGGAUCGGAAAUUUUGGUUCGAACUGUUGAAGCACUGUGUCGAACACUUUUGAAUUCGAAAAUCGAUCCGACUUGUCCCGCUUGGCAGAGAUGUAUUGUUACGUUGAUGUACAGAGCUUCGUUCAAAAUUACGGAUCACUAUAGUGCUAGACUUCGAUCCACGAUCCUCGUUACACUCCAAUUCUUCUGCUCCAUGAAUCAACGCAACCAACUCGUCGUCGUCCGAUCGUUCCGUCGAUUCUUCUCCCUCUGGACCAACACCGCCGACGUUGGUCUUCUCACUGAAAAUCGCAACGAGCUAUUCCCGAAGCUGAAGCGAUGUGCUCACGCGUUUGCAGCUCUGACACGUCAUACGGUGCUUCCGGCUGACAUGCAGAAAAAUUUCCAACCGUCGCACAUCGAGCUAUUCGACGACAUUUUGGACGAAAUCCAUGGACGCAGUGCGACGAAUCUCGUCGAUUUCUAUCUCGCCGCCCUGCCACACAUUGAAUUCGAGAGCUUCAGUCGACAGGUGCUCACCAAAUAUCAUACGGAUCUUCAGUGCUCAAUGGAGCUCAACGGCGAGGACAUGGAACGUUCGCAUCGUAACGAAAUUCGUCGUGUUCAGCGAAAAAUCGCCAAGCUCCUCGGCCUAAAUAUGGACGAUGGUGAUAUCGAGGAGAUGCCAUCUACAGUAUCAGAACUCCGCCCAACACGACGUACGGCCAAAGCGACAGCAACGUUGGAUGGGAUUCAGGAGGAGGACAACGAGGAUUCAGAUGACGAUAAUCAACCGGGACCAUCAACUGUCAAACCAAAACGCACACGGGCGGCGCCGACGCCAAGAAAAGCGCCAGCGUCUGCACAGAAGAAGAGCAGAAAAGAUGCGGAAGAGCUAAUGGCCAGUCCACCGGUGAAAGCAGGCAAAAAACCAUCUCGUCCAAUGACGGCGACUCGUCCAUCAUCACGUACUGCAUCAGCCACACCGAUGCGUACAAUGCCGCCAAGAAGUGCGCGAAGACUUAAUUAA